GUCCUCCAAAGUGUUCACGAGUCCACAGAUGACCAGAUCUAUCACUUGGAGCAGGAAAGUGGAGGUGUGAGAUUUAGAAAGAAGCCAUUCAUAUGUGAUUACGGAUUCCAAUCACCAGAAAUUAUGUCACCUGAGGAUAAACCAGUGAUAUUGUCUGGAGGCAUCGGAGCUUCCCAACCUGCAAACCCAGAGGUGCAGGCCAUCUGUGACUCUGUGAAGAGUGAUGUGGAGGAGCAGAGAGGAGAGAAAUAUGAGAUUUUCGAGGCAAAAACCUACAAGAAGCAAGUUGUAGGAUAUAACUACUAUAUCAAGGUCCACAUUGGGGAGAACAAACAUCUGGAGCUGAUUGUGUUUGUGGGGCCCCCUGUCCUCCGUAGUGUUUACGAGUCCACAGAUGACCAGAUCUAUCACUUGGACCAGGAAUAUAUGAGAUAUACAUAUAUGUCUGAGCCGGACAUAUAUUCUUACGGAUUCCGAUCGGAAAUUAUGGCUCCUCAACAUACAGGAGGCAUCGGAGAGUCUCAACCUGCAGACCCAGAGGUGCAGGCCCUGUGUGACUCUGUGAAGAGUGAAGUGGAGGCGCAGAGAGGAGAGAAAUAUGAGACUUUCAAAGCCAUAUCCUACAAGAAACAAACUGUAUAUGGAUACAACUACUUUGUCAAGGUCCAUGUUGGAGAGGACAAACAUCUGGAGCUGUUUUUGUAUGUAGAGCCUGACCCCAACAGUCGGCCCGUCCUCCGUGGGGUUAAGGAUUUCACAGAUGACCAGAUCUCCGACUUGCAGCAGGAAAUCAGGGACAUGGAGUCUUUUCCUCCACAGGAGCUCAUCGUCGGAGGCAUCGGAGAGUCCCAACCUGCAGAUCCAGGAGUGCAGGCCAUCUGUGACUCUGUGAAGAGAGAUGUGGAGGAGAAGAGAGGAGAGAAAUAUGAGACUUUUGAAGCCAUAUCCUACAGGACACAAACUGUAGCUGGAUAUAACUACUUUGUCAAGGUCCACAUUGGGCAGAACAAACAUCUGGAGCUGGUUGUGUUUGUGGGGCUGCCUCACACCAACAGUGGGCCAGUCCUCCAAAGUGUUCAUGAGUCCAAAGACGACUUGGAGCAGGAAGGCGGAUUUAUAGAGCCGUUCAUAUGUUACUUUCCCCCAAGACAGGAAAUAAUGAUGCCUGAAUAUCCUGAGCCUGAGCUCAUGACUGGAGGCAUCGGAAAGUCCCAACCUGCAGACCCAGAGGUGCAGGCCCUGUGUGACUCUGUGAAGAGUGAAGUGGAGGCGCAGAGAGGAGAGAAAUAUGAGACUUUCAGAGCCAUAUCCUACAAGAAACAAACUGUAUAUGGAUACAACUACUUUGUCAAGGUCCAUGUUGGUGGCAACAAACAUCUGGAGCUGUUUUUUGUAUGUAGAGCCUGA